AUGGCAGUCAAGCCACAAGAGCGCAAGUGCCAGCCACCCCCUGGCUCCACCCUCACCUGCAGGAGUAGCCACGCUAUGAAUGUGCCUACCAACAUCUUCACCCACAGCAACACCCAGCAACAGCUCAUCGCCCAUCCUUCACAGCCCGCUCUCCUCUACCCACCAUCCCCCAGCCACCCACCAUUCCCACACAACCUGUUCAUGUCUGUCUGCUCAUCACUACCCACACUGCCACUGCCCACUGUCCCCUACCCACCCACCCACUACUAUCCCCCCACCCGGCCACACGGGCCGGCGGAGCAAAGUCCGCACCUGCAACAGGAGAGCGUCAGCAGCGGCGAGAUGGACGCUCUGGGCCGGGUCCUGCUGUGGCUGCAGCUCUGCGCACUGACUCGGGCCGCCUACAAACUUUGGGUCCCCAACACCUACUUCGAUUCUGCCUCCAACUGGAGCCAGAACCGGACCCCGUGCGCGGGAGAUGCGGUCCAGUUCCCGGCGGACAAGAUGGUGUCGGUCUUGGUGCGAGACAGUCACGCCAUCUCGGACAUGGUAAGGCUCGGGGCUGUGGCCACAGGGAGGCAUGACUGCCCCAGGGUCGCCGAAGGUCCCUCUCCAGGCCUCUGUUCCCGGGCCCUGAUUCCUUCACCUAGAUCGCUGCCAGCGUCUCAGCUUGGGUUCUCCUGGUGCCCGGGAGGUGUUAGUUGGGCGCAGUGCGUGCCUGGGCCCUGCGCCACCUCAGCCCGCGCCUUCCGCAGCUCCUGCCGCUGGACGGAGAGUUCGUCCUGGCCCCUGGAGCCUCAUUCAGCGCUGCAGGAGUCGGCUCGGACCCGGCCUGUCACUCCGGAGAGGAAGGUGAAGGGGGCGUGGCUCAGGAGGGGGACGCGGGGCGUGGCUAGAGUGGGCGUGCUUUGGAGAGGGCGGGGCGCGGGGCUCAGUGCGCGGCGUGGGUUGGUGCGUGCCUCCGUAGGCACCCCGUUGCUCUUCCGAAAUCCCGACCGCUUCUCCUGGCUUGACCCUCACCUGUGGAGCUCCGCGACCCAGGCGCCCGGCCUCUUCUCCGUGGACGCCGAGCGCGUGCCCUGCAGCCACGACGAUGUCCUCUUCCCGCGCGACGGGUCUUUCCGCGUAGCGCUCGGCCCGGGCCCCAACCCGGUGCACGUCCGCAGCGUCUCGGCCGUGGGCCAGACGUUCACGCGCGACGAGGACCUGGCGUCUUUCCUGGCGUCCCGCGAGGGUCGCCUGCGCUUCCAUGGGCCGGGCACGGUGAGAGUGGGCUCCCAGGCCUGCACCGACGCGUCAGGCUGCGUCUGUGGCUACGCCGAGACGCUGCCGUGGAUCUGCGCGUCUCUGCUGCAGCCCCUGGGCGGCCGCUGCCCCCAGGCCACCUGCCGCGACCCGGUGCUGCCCCAAGGCCAGUGCUGCGACCUCUGCGGAGCCAUCGUAUCGUUGACCCACGACCCCACAUUUGACCUGGAGCAGUAUCGAGCACGGUUGCUGGACCUCUUCGUAAAGCAGCCCCAGUACCAGGGGGUGCAGGUGGCUGUGUCCAAGGUGCUGCACGAGGCUCACACCGAGAUCCAGGUGGUGCUGGUGGAGACCGGGCCCGAGACCGGCGCAGCGGGGCGGCUGGGCCACGCGCUCCUGCAGGACGCGGAGGCACAAGGCGGCGUGCUCGGCAUCCUGUCGGCGACCCUGCGUCAGUCGGGCAUGCCCGCGACGGGAGGCUCCGCGCUGUAUCUGGACAGGUCCGGUGCCUGGCUGGCGGGCAGCGUGGCAGCCGUGGUGCUGCUGGCACUGCUGGGGACGGUGCUGCUGCUGCUGCACCGCAGCGGGAGGCUCAGGUGGAGAAGGCAUGAAGAGGCUGGGCCCGCAACCGCUGGGCUGCCGCUGGGUUUCCGCAAUCCGCUUUUCGAUGUGAUGGUCUUCAAGCAGCAGCCACAGCCCUCGGUGGAGCCGCUUGGCUCAGCCCAGAAGGUGGACAUCCUCGACACCAACUUCAGCUACUUCGUUAACCCACUCUUUGCCGGGGAGGCAGAAGCAGAGGCCUGACCUCUUCUGGAAGAAUGCUAUCCCUCCAGCCAGUGGACAAUUCAUCCCCUCUGAGACCACGACUUCUCUCCUGAUGGCAAGGACGGGCCCACCUUGUCCAAUAAAGGGUUGUUUGGGUUUUUGUUCUUUUUUAA